GCAAUGCGGGACGCAGACUGUGUCUGUCCCGCCCUGCCCCUUUCCCGCCGCUGGCCGCAGGCGCGCUGGGGGCGGGGCGGGGCGGGGCGUGCUGUGCUGCCGCCGGGGUAGAGGCAGGGCUGUGGCUCUGCGGCUGGACCAACCUCCGCAUCCAGCGCGGUCCCAGCUGCCUCCUGCCUCAGUACAACAUAAUGGACACAGAUUUGUUUGCCUGCAGUAUAAGCCUAGUUUUUCUCUUUUUAGUCAAGACAGAGGAGUGCCAAAUAUAUGACCUGAGUGAACAGCAUAAUCAAAGUUCAAUAUUUGUACCGACAGGGCAGCCUCUCGCUACUGAUUGUUUAUUGGGUAAUGUAUUGAAUCUUCAACAGGUGAAAAAGAACCUGACUUGGUACAGAAGUGGAGAAAAAAUGCCUGUAACUAAAAAUAAACAUUCCAGAGUACAUCAGGAAGAGAAUGUCCUUUGGUUUAUGCCUGCAACUUUAGAAGACUCUGGAUCCUAUGAAUGUAUUGUAGAGAAUGUAACAAGCUGCAACAAAAUAUAUUUAAAUAUAAACGUUUUCAAAACUGCUAAUGGUUUGUGUUACAAUAAGAAAUUUUCCUAUACUCAAUAUAUACUGAAGUCAUCAACUGCAAGUAUUGUGUGUCCUGAUCUCUACUACUUCAGAGAUAAGAAAAAUAUUUGGCCUGUGCACUGGCUUAAGGAAUGUAACCUAUUUGAAGACAAAAGAUUUCUACCCCAGAGAGAUGAACUUAUAAUAACUAACGUGAGUGGAAAAGAUGCAGGAAAUUACUUAUGUCAAGCAACAUAUAAUUAUAUGGGAAAACAAUACAAUGUUUCACGAAACAUUUAUGUAACUGUUGUAGAGAACCCAGCAAAGAAGAACACUGAGAUUCUUUAUCCAAGAAACAAUACAAUUGAAGUUAAACUUGGGUCCAGUCUCAUCAUAGACUGCAAUGUAUCAAGUUUCAAAGAUUAUUCAAUUGCUAUAUCCUGGAAAUUCAAUAAUUCUUUAGUCAAUUAUUUUUUUAACGAAAGAAUAAGAGAGGAAGAUCAAGAAGACUCUUUCUUUGCGGACCACAUGUUUUCUAUUCUGAGGCUGAACAUUACAGAAGUGAAGCAUGAAGAUUAUGGACACCACUUUGUGUGUCGUGCUGGCAAAGUUUCAGCAUACAUUGUAUUACAAAGGCCAGCUCGAAAUAUUCAAAGAUACUUGAUCGGCGGAUUCCUUUCAUUGGUGUUUCUAAUAGUUGUUGCCAUAUUAAUCUACAAGCUUUUAAAAAUUGACAUUGUGCUUUGGUAUCGAAAGUCCUGUGGUCCUUUUCUGAAUAAAGAAGUUUCAGAUGGGAAGAUAUAUGAUGCAUACGUGUUGUAUCCAAAAUCCAGCAAAGUCACCUGCAGCUGUGUAACAGAUAGCUUUGUGCUCAGGGUGCUUCCUGAGGUCUUAGAGAGACAAUGUGGAUAUACACUUUUUAUAUUUGGAAGGGAUGAUUUACCAGGAAAAGCUGUGGUCAAUGUUGUUGAUGAAACAAUUAAAGAAAGCAGAAGACUGAUCAUUGUUUUAGAACCAAAAACAUCAAGCUACAAUUUGUUAGAGGACUCUCCUGAAGAACAACUAGUUUUGUACAAUGCUCUCAUCCGAGAUGGAAUUAAAGUAAUUUUGAUUGAGCUAGCUAAAACAAUAGACUACACAAACAUGCCAGAAUCAAUCAAAUACAUUAAGCAAAAGCAUGGAGCUAUCCAAUGGGAAGGAGACAUUACACAGAAAUCAUACUUAACAAGUACAAGAUUUUGGAAAAAGGUGCAAUACCGAAUGCCACCCAGGUAUUCUGCUUCUUCAGAACUACCUUUGCGACCAGUCACCUUGAACACACCUUUCAGACAAGACAAAGAUGAGGCAUGUCAUUUUAAUGAUUCUGGGUAGCACAUUUUCUUUUGAUGGACUAUCAGAAUUUCUCGUGUGUUGUAAAAGUGCCGUUUCACUGGAAACUUUUGAGGAUUAAAGACUUAAGAAUGUUUUUGUUUUCAGAGCUUAAAGAAAAAUAAUCUCUGCUGUACAGACCUUAUUGGCAGCAUGUGCGACACUGAACAGUGAAAGAUGGAGAUGUUUCAUUUGAGUGAUAUCAUGGCAAUUGAACUUUAAACAUAAUUUUAUUGGACAUUUUGAAAUGAUUUGGAAGAGAUGGGUAAAGAGUUAACCAGAUGUGGGAAAUGAUUAUAUAGUUCCUAGAUAAUAGUAAGUCAUGCUCUGAGGCAAAUGUCAAAAUUUGUUGGAGCAAGCAAGACCAGUGGAAAGGAAUAUAAGUAUAGGACGGGUUCCGAUUCCUAACAUUACAUUUGUUAUUUCUUUGAAAGGAGCAAAUCCAAGCCUUAGAAUUGGCUUUAUACUUAUCAGUCUUCACAGGAGGUGUGGUGUCAAUCUUCGCCAACAUUAUUAAAAGUAACAGUCUUGAGGUUUUAUCAUGAUACGUAUCUUAGCAACUUCAGCCCUACAAUGUGCUCUGAACUGGGUUUGAUCAAAGGUAGUUUAGAGCAGGGGCGGGCAAUUAUUUCAGGCAGAGGGCCGCUUGCUGAGUUUUGGCAAGUCAUCGAGGGCCGCGUGACAGGCAGCCAGGGGCAGAUAAAUAUUAAUUUUCUAAAUUUUUCAGGGGUCCUGUGGGCUGGAUAGAAUGGCCUGGUGGGCCGCAUCUGGCCUGUGGGUCGCGUUUUGCCCACCCCUGGUUUAGAGGAUACAUUUGCCUACAUGCUGCUCUUCAACAAUAAAAGGACGGAAUUACUUUGGUAGCAAAUGAGAUUAGAUUAACAAUGAGGAGGUUAAGAAUCUCUUAACAUCAUGUUUUGGAAGUCAUUCACUUUUUUAAACAUGCACAGAUUUCAGCCCAAAUACUGAUGUGGAACUAAAACCACAAUAGUACAGGUUGUCCUUGUUCCUAUUUUGAGACAUGAAAGGAGUCCUUUCAAUAGUGGCUACUCAGAGGGAAAGUCUGGCCCAUUUUAAGUCAAUGGCAAAACCCCUGUUGAUUAAAGGGGACAAGGAUUUAACUUUCGGUUCCCCAGCCAGUUAAAUGGGAAUAAUACUUAACCUAAGAGGAAUGCUGGGAAUUAAAGAUGUUGAAUACUUUGGAAAUGCAAAGUAGUCUGAUCAUUAAUUGUAAACUCCUUUUCUUGUUUUGAAAAUAAGUUGCUAAAGCUAGUCUGAUUCAGUAAUUCUUUGUAGUUGAGGGUGAAAAACAGUCCUGGUAUUUCUAAGUUCUUAUCCUAGAUUGCUGUUCUGUUUUAAAAUAAUUUCAGAGGUCAGCCACUACUUAGGUUUGUUAAAUAUUUCUUAAUAUCUUUUAUUUUUGCCAUUUUUAAACCAAGAUAAUGUAUAGGACUUUUCCCCUGCAGGCAAGACAGGGUCUGAAAAGGAAAAUAUAUUUUCCUCUACAAACUUGUCCAUGAACAUACAAUAUUUACUUUUUUAAUUUUAAUUUUUAAAAAUGAGCUUAGCAAAAGUCAGUUACCUUGGCAAAUGAUGCAAACAGCUACUUGAGGUUGCCAGUAUUAUGCAGCUGUUGCAUAAUACCCACACCCUCUGACAUGGCAGGGAAAUGGUGGGUAACCUCAAACAUAUUAUUGGCAACAGCUUGCACAAGCAAAAGCCUACAAGCACAAACAAGCAAAGAACCCAUAGAGCAGUUCAGGAUCUUCUUGUGGGGCAAUAGCAUAACUGAAGAUGAAGGUAUUAUAAGGAUACCAGAAUAACUACCAAACACAGCAGAACUUUGAGAAUAUUGAAAAGCUUUUGAAAGGAUAUAUUUUCAAAAGAGAAACUGAGUAGCAAUUCCCAGAAAAUUAAACAAAAGAAGGUUAAGAAAAACGACUGCUUCUCUCUUUAUGUGGGUCCAGGUUUACAUUAGAUUAUCCUAGUGAUAUUUUUAUUUUUGCCCUAGUUGAUAUGAUUAGAAACUCAGCCUUUGUUGGGGUAAAAAAUAGCCACCAGUGCAUCUGAUAGCUGACCACAAUGCUGCUGCUGGUAGCUCAGCAAUAUACAUACAUAUAUUGCCAAUGUAUAUACAUGGAGGUAACUCAUUCAUAGGUAUUUUACCACAACAUACUAAUCAUAGACAAUUUUGUUUCCUUAUACUAUACAUUAACAGCCCUUAUAAGAGAUUCUGUUUCAGGCUUUCUGGUAGCCUCUCCUUAUUUGCUUUCAGCCUUCUCCAGCAGCCAGGAAGUGGGACCACAGCAUAGAUGGUGGAGUUCUAUUAGUUCCACCACGUGUCAGAGUUGUAACUUUAUUUCAUGAUUAUCAUGUUCUAGUGAUAUCCCCAAACCUCUUUAUUUGCAGAGAGUUAUGGCUGACUACUCUUCCACUACUGGAUGUAUUAUCACAAUUUCGUCCCUCACUUGCUGCUCCUGUUAAUUGUUACAAUAGUGAGAUGGAUGUGUUGGUGAGAUGGUGCUAUGUUAGUCUCUGGUGAUUUGUCAUUUAAAAAUAUUAAGUGGAAUGAAGAAUCUGUUUGGAGAAGCAUUUAGCUAGGCAACUGAGAUUUAAGCUUUGGAACCAGCCUAACAAGCUGAGCAGCAGUUUGUCCUUUCAUUGCAUUUGAGUGAAGGAUUCUGUUUCAUGAAAACGAAGAGAGUAUCUGUCUGUACAACUUUUACGGGUCCAAGAAUCAGCACCAUACCUAGACUCCUGGUGGCCCCGGUGAACUUUUAGUAUUGGGCCCCCCUUUGCCACAGAUAAUGAUGAUCAUAAUAAAAAAAAUUACUAUUUUCAGGCCCCCUUUCUGUCCAGGCCCCAGGCGGCCACCCGGCUAGCCUAUGCCUGCGUGUGGCUCUGCCAAGAAUUCAACAGUUUUGUGGCGGAACAUAGGUUGGUAUAUAGACCCUUUUGUCCUUGUGAAUACAAGCUGUGACCAUAUGCAGUAUCAAACCUUCAGGCCCAGUUUCUGAGCCCAGACAGUUCCAGCUCAGACCCAGACCUCAGCUACAAUUCCUGGGAGAACAAGGUAGCCUGAGACUGUAGAAGGGCAGCUUUAAACUGCCUGGUCCACCUUCUUCCUCUUGUGGCUGGAUGUGGCAUAACAGUUUUUCUUCUGGCAACAGCCACUGCAGCUUUGUGAGGUCUACCUGUUUUUGUGAUUCAGCCCUCCAGAUGGGUCAUGGUCAGCAAGGAGUGAACAGGUAGCUAUACAAACAAUAUUUCGGCAACUUCAUAUCAGGCCUUGGCUUCCAAUGCUAGUAGAGCUCAGUGACCUUGUCUCAGGGCUUUUGGUGGUCUUUUCUCCUUGGAGAGAGCUUCUUGCCAUCUUCUAUUGUGGCUGGUAGAGGAAUGCAAGCUGUUCUUCUAAGGUAAGUUGCACUCCAGGGACCCUGUAGCAAGCAGCUGAAGUCUGCUUCAACCAACUGCUAUCCCACUACAUCAUCUCUUUGUCUGUGAUAUAUAUAUAGCCUGUCAUCUGGCUCUUUUCCAGGCCAGGUAUUUCUCCCCUAGCUUCUACACUGAUGAUGGAUGAUCUGGAUCUGUUGGAGCCCACUGACUCUGACUAUAUUUCAGACAGGGACAUCUUUGGAAGCCUAAACUGGGAUUGCAGCUUUUGAAUUCUGCCUUGGUUAACAACCUUUCUCUCCCUCCCACCAGGGGCAGUGACAGCCCUGCAAGGUUAGAUUCCACCUACCUUUAACUUCACCAUUCAGGUCUUUCAAGUGGUCAGAAUCCUCCAUGAGAAGUUCAAAAGUUGAUGUUUUCUAUCUCCGAUGUAAAAAGUAGAUUAAAAAAAAUAAUAAUGAAAAGCCA